CUUAAAAAGUUUCCAUACACUCCUAUGAACUCCCCAAGCCUAUCCCUAAAUUCUCUCAGUCCAUUGAAGUCUGAGUUCUCGCCAUAUUCGUCGGCGCUACUGUUUGUGGUUGCUUCAGUUCAUAGUGUUCGUGAUCGUCCCUUCUUUCGCUGUUACUCCGGGCGAUAUCUCUACCCAAUUAGAUUUGUCUCAUUUUACUCAGCCUAAUCACGAAGCACAAUGGAGAAGCCUGAUGAUCUGAAGUUUGAAGUUGGCCAACUUGCUGAAUCCAAAACAUUUGAUGAAGGAUUCCGUGGCGCUUGGUUUAGAUGCAAGAUCAAGGAUAUAAACGUGAAAAAGAACCAGAUUUUACCUGAGUACUUUGACUUUCCAGAGGAAGUUAUUAAAUGGACAAAGAUAUACGAAUUGCCUCAUUAUGGAAGGAAGUCAAAGCAGAUAAAGAAACAAUUAAUGUUGCGACCUCCAUAUCCAAAAAUGUAUCAAAAAAAUGAAAUGCCACCUGUCAAUUCCAUUACAGAAGUAUGUGUUGUGAUUGAUGGUGAAUGGAAAGUUGGGGAUUUGAUAGAUUGGUGUAAAGAUGAUUGUUAUUGGUCAGCAAGGAUCAUCAAAAUAUUGAGUGAUGAUGAGGUUCAGAUUGAGUUGCCAAUGCCUCCAGCUGGACAAGGGGGGAUUUAUAAUGCAUUUUGUAAGGAUUUACGCCCAUCAUUAAACUGGUCUCCAUUAGAAGGCUGGACAUUUCCUACAUUGAGAGGUCAGGAUUCAUGUAGGGCACAACUUAUUUUCCCAUCACAACAAGGCAUGGAUAUUGAGAGUAGGGAGGAAGAAGUUGCUUCACCUCAAAAUGCAUCUUCCACUUCUCGAAUAUCAGUAAUUUCAUUAGCAGCUCCAAUCGAAGAAGAAGAAGAAGAAGAAGCGUUGCAGAGUCAAGAAGUGAAAAUCAAUGGUGAUGACGUGGACAAAGUGAGUUCUUCAGACAGUAUUUCAACGAUGCGUGUGGAAGAAAAUAAAACAGAUGAUGAUGAUGUUUGGGAUGAUGUUGAUCAUAACAUGAUAGAUUUAAAUAUAAUGCAUGAGGAGACAUUAGAGGCGUCGAUUCUUGACCUUGAAGAACUUGCUAAUAGAAUAAAAUGGCUUAAGAGCAUUCUUGAUAACAGUCGAUCAAAUUCAGGAUCAUGGAAGUUUGAAGGAGGAAGUUGAUUAUUUUUAAAUUUUUGUUGUUGUUUGUUGCUAAUGUACAAAGGUGAAGCAAGUUGUGUGUUGUGACUACUAUUAGUGUGUGUAUGGAUUAAAAACUUGUUAAUUGAGGGCUUUUGGUAAUUAAUGAAUGAAAUUUCUCAUUUUUACUA